AUGUUUUUGACUGGUUCCUACCUCCUCCCGGCACCAGAAUUCAAAGGGAUUACCUUCUGGAUAAAAAAAGAUAUUAUAAAAUUAGAAGAAAUAGAAGAGAUAAUAAACAAUGAAACCGCUGACAGUGUAAAAACUCAGGAUGACGAGGUUGUUAAAAAUAUUCUUCUCAUUGGCAGUAGUGGUAGCGGAAAAUCUACCUUAGCGAAUGUGCUAGUAAAUAAAAACGAUGUUUUUGAAGAAGUAUUUAAAGAAAGCGACAGAACUAUAAGUGCAACAAAAAAUUUUAGAGUCGGAAGAACAGAAAUUGAUGGAAAAACAUAUAGAAUAAUUGACACAGUAGGAUUUGGAGACACAAUGUUAGAAGUUACUAAAAUUCCUCCUGUCUUUAAGGAAAUGGAUAGAUAUACUAAAUGCGGAAUAGAUUAUGUUUUAUUUGUGGUUAGAGGAAGGCUUUCUAAUAAGGACUUGAAUGCUUUUAAAUACUUACGGGAAAUCUUUUUUGAUGAAAAUAUAGUUAGCCGUAUUUCAGUGGUUCGCACCAAUUUUCCUAAUUUUGAGGAAGAAGAAGAUUGCGAUAAUGAUAUUAAUUCCUUGCUUAAUGAAAGCAACGAAGCUAUCACUGAAAUGAUUGAGUUAUGCAAUAAAAGAGUUGUACAUGUCGAUAAUCCACAAAUAAAUAUUAAGGGAAAAAGGGGAGAAAGAGAAAAUAAUAAUAACAAAAAAACCCGCAAAAUUUCUAGAAAAAUAUUGCUAAACCACUUACAAUCAUAUCAAAACGAAGAAAGUUGUAAACCCAAAUCAGGAGAUUUGAAUGAAAGAAUCAGGGAAGAACUAAAAAAAGAAGUAUUUAAUUAUGUAAAAACACUGAUUGAGCGUGUUGAAAGUUGUGAACUUUCAGCAGAAGUUGGCAAAAACAUUUCUCAGGCAGGAAAAGACUGGAUGGAAAAUUCUAAUGACUCUAUUUUAAUCUUUCUUAAAGGUAUCUAUGGAAAACCAAUUGGACUUGUGAUACGCCUAGUUGGCGAUACAACCGAAGUCGGUUCUGAAAUCAUCAAACUUAUUACACAAAAGAUAUACGAAGAAAAAAUUGUAAGUAAGGUUAAAGAAGAAAAAGAGAAAAGGUUGCUACUCUUGAAAAAAGACUUAGUAAACAGGAUCAAGGAUUGUGAUUUUAGAUUCAGGGAGCAGCUUGACGAAGAACAAACAAGCGGUGUUUUUGAAAACUUAAAAGACAUCCUUAAACCUUUUUCAGAAAAACUAAAAGAAUGA